AUAUGCCCGCAAGUGUCUCUGAGCGCCAAUGUUGGAGCUUGUGGAAGGUGAAUUUCACUGUUUAAGCGUUGAUAUUGAGUCAUAGCCAGUAGAAGCAACGUCACAGAUGGUGACUCGCCACUAUGACGUUCUCUCAUUGGCUUGCUUUCCACAUCCUAUGGGUCACGCCUCAAGAGAUGGUUUGUUCCAUUAACUUCACCUAUUAAUGAACUCAUACUGAACACAGCGUGCGUGUAUGUUCGUGAGGAAAAAAAAUCUCGGAAACAAUGUAAACAACAUCAACACCACCAUCAACACCCUCUCAGCGGGACGUGAAAACCAGGGCAGAAUGCUAUAUACAAGAGCUAUUUCUCUUAUGGAGAUGUCUCCAUUCCAGCAGUCGCUUUCAUCUGAGUUCCACGAUGCUAUAGACUCGCUAAACACCACAAAGGCUGUGGACCUUGCAACUGACGAUGAAUUCUCUGAUGCGUGUCGAUUCGUCGACUCGAGAAACCCAUUACGCGUGUUUUACGAGAGCGAAGUGACUGACCGUGCUCUGAGAAACGAUGAUCUUAUGAGCGAUGGUCUCUAUACAAAGCUGACCGGCGAUGAGCGUGGAGCUUAUCUACAUUUGAAGUUGAUCAGCGAGUACGCGUUGGCGCAGUCUUCCAAGGACUCUAAGUUGCAAACAUUCCAAGAGAUAACUUUCUUACAGAGACAAACUGACAGGUUAAGGGAGAUGAGCGAUGAGAUCCAGUCCCAGUUGAAGACAAAUUCCCAGCUGUUGAAUAUGAAACUUGAUACUGAUCCCGAGAGACGGGCACAAGUGUUGGAACAACAACAGUCUCUAACUGAAAACUUAGUUAAAGUCGAAGCAGAAAUUAGAGAAAACCUGUUGACACUAAUGAGGCAAUACGCUACUGCCCUCUCAUUGUCGAACUUUGAUGAUUUGGCUUUGCCGAAAAGUUCUGAAGCUGUUGGUGAUGAAAGAGCUGAUGAGUUAAUGUCGUAUAUAGCUUCACUGGCAGUACAGAGAAACGUUGUGUUACCACCACCAGGUGAUUCUAAGUUAACUUGGGCAAAGUCAUGCUUGGAUCAACUUUUGGAGAGUUCGUUGAAUGGAGAAUCACGUUCUGUGUCAAAGGAGGAACCCAUGGAAAUAUCAAACGUUAAAACGGCAUUGCAGGAUCUUCAAUUUGCACAUCAAUAUUUGACUAAACAGUACGAAGAAGAAAGAAGUUUAAAUGCAGGAAUUGCCGAAUCAUACAACAAGAAGCAAUUAAUAUUGGAGAACAAGCUUUCUCAAGCUAACAUAAACUUGGAAAAGGCUACACAGAAGUAUAUCCUUGUUGAACACGAGAAGAGCAUCCUUCAGAAUAAAUUCGAUGAAAAAUCCAAAGAGAUAAACGAAUUGAGAAGACAACUGGCACUCUUGAAACUGGACCAUAUUGGCAAGUCUAACGAAAGUUUGGGGAAUGGGUCUCCUCAGAGCCUGGACAACCCACGUACAUCAGGCUCAUCUGCAUCCUCGCCGAUUACUGGAUUGUCAAUCUCCGUGGAAUCUGAUGACACAACCGUGACCAAUCCAAAGACACCCCUAUUACAACAACAGGUUAAGAAUGGACAAUUCCUUCAACCUUCUUCUUAUUUCUCAACGUGUUCUCCGCCAAAGUUCUCCGGCUCUAUAUCAGUAUUACGAGACGAGUUCAAGAAGGUGGUUGUCGAUUUGCAAAACGAUUACGAGGCUGAACUCGAAAAGGAGAGGGUUGAAAGGAGAAGAUUGGAGGACCUUCUGAGGCUGCAUGAAGAAAGAGACUCUGAAAGUAUUGUAUAAAUGUAAAGUCGUAUAAUAUGAUCAACA